AUGGGCGAGUCGGUCGUCGUCGUCUCGGUCGUGCGAGGCCGCGACCUCCGCGUUGUCCAGAAGCUUGGCGUACAGGACCCGUACGUGGUGCUUCGGCUCGGUACGUCGGCCCCGCGUCGGUCCGAGACCCACGACAACGGCGGGACGACGCCGAUUUGGCACUGCACCGAGACAUUCACGGACGUCCCGUCGCCACUGCCCGUGCUGCAGAUCGACAUUAUGAACAACAAUUGGCUCCGCGACAAGCCCAUUGGCAUCUGCGACAUCGACCUCAACGACGUCUUUCGGCGGGUGAGCGUCGCUGAAGCGUGGUUUCCCGUCAAAUUUGAAGGCGCACGCUGCGGCGACCUGCACGUCAAGCUGCAGCGCCCGUCACCGAGCCCUCGCACGCGCGCUACGUCGUCGUCGUCGUCGACCAACAACACCGUACUCGGCUCGAUCGCCAACGUGCACUCGGCCGUCGCGAUCGCAGAGCUGCGCGAUGAGAACGCACGCCUCCGAAGCGAAUUGGCGCAGCUUCGCCGCCUCUUGCCACAGCAGACCUUCCUCCACGCACCCAGCUACAUGGCCGACAUCCCGAUCGUUUCGAGCGCGAGCGACCUCCAGCAGCUCCAGCCGAUUGGCACUGGCGCCCACGGGACGGUCUAUCGCGGUCUCUACAAGAACGACCUCGUCGCUAUCAAGUGCCUUGACCAAGUCGAGGACCUGACCACGUUUCACCGCGAAGUCUCGGCCAUGUUCAAGCUGCAGUCGCAGCACACAGUGCAGCUGCUCGCGAUGGCCGACCUCGACACCAACCAGCCCAAGAUCGUCAUGCCCUACAUGGUCCACGGCGAUCUGCGCACGCACCUCGAUAAGUGCCGCGCCAACGAGCGCACGGGGUGCACGCUGCCGCACCAAGCCAUUGCGGUCGCGGUCGCCGCCGCACUCGUGGACCUGCACAAGUGCAACGUCAUCCACCGGGACCUCAAGCCCCAAAAUGUCCUCUUGUCCACCGACAACUUGGUCCAGGUCGCAGACUUUGGCAUUGCGCGCGAGAACGGACUCCGCUCCAAGACGGCCGACAUGGGCACGCCCUUCUACAUGGCGCCCGAAGCGACGUCGACGAACCAUUAUGGCACCGAAGUCGACGUCUACGCGCUCGGCGUGCUCCUCACCGAGCUCGACACGAAUAUGCGGCCGUACAGCGAAGACUGCCCGAAUGAAUAUGCACUGAUUCUGCAAGUCUCGGAAGGUCGUCGACCGCUGCUCUCGCUCACGUGCCCGCUCUGGUAUUAUGAGCUGGCGCACAAGUGCAUGGCCGCCGACCCGAUCGACCGCCCGACGGCCGCGCAGGUGCACAAGUGCCUCUCGCUGCACGCUGGCCCGUACACAACGACCACCAGCGGCGUCCCGAUUGUUGCGGCAACCGACGUGCCGUUCGUGAGGCAGCUUGCGCCGUCAACCGAGCUGGCACGGCAUGGCUCGAGCCCGGUGGUGCUCAAGACAGUGGCUCCGGUCCUGGCGGAUGCGCGGGCAUACGAACGUCAUUUGGGCAAUCUGUUUGCUCUGGGUGCGUCGCCACAUCUGGUGCGGCUAUGUGGUGUCAUCGGCGGCGCUUCGUCCAAGCUCGUGCUCGAGUUUCUGGACGGCGGCGACCUCGUGACGUGCCUCGCGCAGCCCGAGCCCCGACGGCGCGUGUCCAAAGUCGAUAUUGCGACCGGAUUGACGCGAGGUCUCGACGCACUUCAUGCGCAGGGCAUCAUGCACGGGCACCUCGACGCCAAGCACGUCUUUUUCACGACCAGCGGCGUUCUCAAACUCGCGAGCUUCAAAUUCGCACCCACAUGCACGUUCGCGGACGAUGUGUUUGCACUCGGGAAGCUGCUUGCCCACGUCGACGCUGCAUAUACGCGGUCGUCGGCCCAAGACCCCGUGCUCGCAUUCAUCAUUCAGCGCUGCUGCGCCAACGAGCCUUCCGCCCGGCCAUCCACCGCCGAUCUUGUCGCCUGCCUCGAGGCGGCGUAACCCUUUGGCUUUGUGUCUAGUACAAUGUAGUGUCGCCACUGCCAUCGAGCAUCCGUCCCUCGAUUCCUCCAACGUGCUUUCCUUCAUUCUUCGGAUAAUUUUAGUUUUUGUCUUUUUUAACCCUAGCCCCACCUAACCC